GGGCAGAUUGCUGCAGAGCUUCCUGGCUUGAUGCAUGAGAUCGAUCAAAAAUUCAAGUCCUGUCAUUUGUCAGGACUUUGCCGUAUGUCUGAUCCCGCCAAACCGAGGAGAUCGAUCAGACCCUUAUAGUCCAAGGGGUGCGCAAUACCACGACAGCGGGCUCAAUAUCGCGCUCUUCCGCAAAUCUCUUCGGAUGGACGAGUUCAACCUCUCAAUCCGUCGAAUGGCGAACAUCUUUCAGUGCGCGAUUCUGGAGCAGAGAGACGUCCCCGAAUUUCUAUGGGAAAGCGAAGACGCACAAACAGUGGAGCGUCUGUCUCGGACGCAACUGCUACCGCUGAUGGAGCGGUUUCAAGUUAUUACAACAAACGUGUGCGACUUCGACAAGUGGGAGGGUGCUCCCGACGUCUGGCCGUGGGAAUGGCCGCAACACCCAAAUUAUAUCCUGCCUGGUGAGACCCAAUGCGAUCUGUGCGGAGAGAAAGCAUGCAACUGUAUCACCAACAUCUUGCCUCGCCAUCUACCUCGAACGGAUGUAGAAGACGGUCGGAUCCUACGCGCAGUCGCCGUUGAAGGAGUGUUGGCGUACCGGAAAGACCAGGUACUUGGGGAGCUCACAGGGGAAUUCGUGCCACUGGGCUCCAACCACGACUGCUGGUCAAUUGAUUUCCUAAGGCCCUCGACCGGACAGUAGCGCAACUUCACACGAAAAGAAUGGGCAACUGGGUGAGGUUCGUCACCCAUUCCGGAAAGCCAAAUGCGGAAUUGCGCGUCAUGAAGAUAACCGGGCUGUGGAGGAUGAUGCUCGUGGCCAUUCAGGAUAUAUACCACGACUUGAAGAUAACGGCAGACUUGGGAGGAAGGUCUUCUU